GUAAUUAAUAAAAGCAAAAUGCUUUAUUAAGGCUAAUAAAUAAACACUGUUGAUAGUAAAACUUACGUGCACCAGCUUUCAUCUUCUGCAUUUGUUUUUCGUUAUUCGAACUUUCGAACAAACAAAACUGUUCUGGGUGCAUGGAUUUCAGAUGAUUUUUCAAAGACGAAGUGGUACGACCCUUGCGAGAAUAUGUUUUAUUACAUAUUAUACACUCAGCUUUAUUUCGAUCAUCAUCUGGUUUAAAAUAAGUCCAAAUCUCACUUUGCAUCGGUGGUGCCAUUGUAGAUUCACUUGUCCAAUAACAUCCAAAAACAAAACGUUCACAAUUCGCGCAACCCCGACUAAACACGUUCUGAUGUGCGAAACGGAACACCGAAAGUAGAAUUCUUGUCUUCCUAUUGGUCAGUACAUCACGAGUGCACGCUAUGCGUCACUCGUCGGCUCCAACUAAUUUAUUUCUUGUCGCGACUUGCACCACAUUUACAUCCGCAUCCGCAUGAGUUCCGCAUUGAUUAUAGGGUAUUCCACGAUUUUUUUUUAAUGCACUACACGAAAGAAUAUCGUCUACAAAAUGCGAAGAUGUGGUCAAUAUUUUUUUUUUACUUUUCAAUAACUCAAAAAAAAAAAAGUUAAAUUUAAAGUAAUUUUUUUCCCGCGGUUAAGUUGUGCAUUACGUACGUCAUGAUGACGUACGUAACGCUGACCAAUGGGAUCAGCGUAGCGAUGUGGCAACUCCGCUCACGCUGCUUUAAAGUUAGACGACAUCGGUAUUUAGCCAUCUUGAAUUCUUAUUGGGUUAUGAUAGGUUAGGUUUAUUUAUGUUUGGUCGAUCUUAGUGUUAACGUUUUGUAAUUUGCUCUCAUUGACGCUUAAAAUAAUUUAAAAAGUCAGUCGUUUCCAUUAUUUGACAUUGUUUGUUUAAACACGCGACUUACAACUUAAAAUUGUGUAGGAAGAUUAUCUGGGAAAAUACGGCACAGAAUAAAUAGUCACAAUGGAAAGUGAAUAUGAGCAAGCUACUUCUACCAAUCUCCCUGUAGUUGAUGAUGUAAUGAUAGAUUUGUAUUAUCGAAGAAAUGUGAAUUUUCUGAUACCAGGUGUUGAAAAUGUGAAAACCGAACGUGGAGCUCGUGCAACUUACGGCGACGAUGCUGUUGGUUAUGUGCAGUUGAGACGACACGAUGAGAUUUGUACUGUCAAAGCUUUGAUUGCACCAGAACAUAAAGUUCGCCUAAAAGGCUAUGAAGUUUCAGUAAGAAUAAAUGAGUCUGAACAAUGCAUAAUUGACUCAAAGUGUUAUGACUGUGCUGCAAGUGAAGGUAUGAAUGAUUUUAUGUUGUAUGAGUGUAUGUAUUACGUCUACUUUUCAGGUGGUUGUAAACAUGGUGUAGCCUUACUGUUCUGGUUAUACAGACGUACCUUGGAGCCUUCAGUGACUUCUGUUGAAUGUUAUUGGAGGAAGUCUACUCUGUCUAAAGUUGGCAGUACUAUAAAAGGGCAAAGAAUGAGAGAGUUGUUUAAUUUUCGGCAAGUUCCUUCUUUACCAACAAAAGGAACGGCAUUUUUGGACAAAGUAAUUUCUACCGCAUUAAAAUCAGAUAGUCAUUCAAUUCUUGCUACAAUGUAUAAGAGUGAAGUGAAUAUUUUGGAGAAAGCUUCGUUGUACCAUUUAUGUCUUUCUUAUAAAAAAACGACUGAUGCACCAAAUGCAGAAGACUUCAUAUCGUUUUGCCAAAAUAAUUUAAAUAGUGAAAUUUGCAAAAGUAUAGAUACUUUAACAAUAUUGCAGUCACAAUCUAAAGCCUGGUUUGAUGUUAGAUAUGCGAGAAUAACAGCUUCAAAGCUGCAUGAAGUUGCUCACUGCAAAACUGUUGAUGGAGCUACAACUGCUGCAGUUCUGACAGCAUCAAAAUUUAGAGGAACAAAGGCCAUGAAAAGAGGCCUUAACCUUGAAGAAGAUGUCUUAAAAGUCAUAGCUGAGGAGAAAAAUAUUAAAUUAGAAAGAGUAGGAAUGACCAUAAAUCAUAUGUACCCAAUAUUUGGUGCCUCGGCAGAUGCAAUGUCUGAUAAAUAUUGCGUUGAAAUAAAAUGUCCAAUAAAGACAAAUACUGUAAAAAAUUACAUUACGCCAGAGGGUGAAAUAACUCCUAAACCAUAUGCACAACUGCAGCUGCAAGUGUUUCUUAGUAAAAAACAAUGGGGUUUAUUUUGCGUUGCAUCUCCAUCUUUUGAAACGGACAGAAAUGUGACUAUAAAGGAAAUUCCUUUGGAUGAAAAUUUUUGUCACAAUGUAAUGGAGUAGGCACAAGCUUUUUGGAAAAAAGCGAUUUUUCCAAUUUUAAUUAACUGAUGUUUUCAAUAAUUAUACUUAUUUAUUUCAUAAUUAUUUCUUAUUCAUUUCAAUAAUAAAUAAAUCUAAAUCCCGUUAUACCCCAAUCCCCUAGUAUCAAUAAAAAAAAGU